CAAAAACCCUUGAAGAGUAAAUACGUUAUAGAAAGCACGUGACUGUACUUUCUCAACUCAAUUAAAUAAUUACAAUCGAAUAUAAAUUUCAUAUAUUUUAUUAUAAACUAUCAUUUAUUUUUGCGAUUUGUUCAUCACAGAACAUUUUACGCUAUUAAUUUUAAAUAUAAAUAAGAAAGACUUCUUUUCUUUAAAUAAAAUUAAUAGCUGUCAAAACAUAAGCACGUGUGUGGUUAUCGAAUUGUCAUAAUAUUGUCGUAUGUCGCUACUGUAUUAAGUUUGCAAUGGUUCACACAUGUACAUAUUUAUGAAUAUAUGCAUAGAUAAAAUAAAAUUAUAAAUAUAUCGAUACAAGUGCCCGGUACAAGUAAAUGCGACGUACAUACGAAAAAGAGAAUAAAAAUAGAGACUUUCAUAAGUAAGACAAGGAUAGAUUUUCUACGUAGACUUGAUAGAACGUGGAAGACCAUUCUGCACUAUACUUACCAACCGGCAACCAAGCAACAGUGGACGUUUCUUAUAAAUUUAAUAAACGUUAUUGUUUGUGUUUAAUUAUUUAAAAACAUUUAAUUUGUGAUUAUUAAUUAAUAAUAAUGGAUAACAGCAGCAAAUCAAAAAUGGUUACGCGGAGGCAGAUAAUGCAACCGUGGCCUCUAUGUCUGGUUUCAUCGAACAAUGGGCAACCAGGUCAUCAAAAAUACCUCCCCUGGGUUCCAUCCCUGGGAAAUUCGGCUUCAUCGUCUAUGCACGAGGAUUGUUCAUCAAACUCAACAUUAUUAACAAACGCGAGUCCUUUCAACAGCCAACAAGCCCUUAUUACAAACAAGAAAAAAUACAAUAUUACAAUAACUAGGAAUAAAAAUUACGAUCUUGAACAAUCAGAGGCACAUUAUUACACCGAAAAUCUAAGACACGGAAGUGAAUUGCAGUCAAAAAUAAAUAGUCCCAAUAAUAAAGACAUUACUCUUGUUGAUUAUAAAUUUUUGGAGCCUUUAAUCAUGGACAACGAGGUUGUCAUCGAGGAACAGGAUAUUUUAGUGGACAACAAAAGAAAUGGGGAAGACAUUGCUCUCCAGAGAUCACCUUCAUUACCUUGUAAUGCCAAAAAACCAAAACCUCAAGAUAUAUUCCGGUAUUCAUCCCAGGUCUUUGCAGCAUUUGCAGUAUCAAUAGCAUCAUUGCUUAUAGGAUUUUCAAGCUCUUAUACAUCACCAGCUUUACCUUCUAUGAAAGAGACAAAGCCAUUCGAUCUUGAUGAUGUUAUGGAAUCAUGGAUUGGAUCGAUAAUGCCUCUGAGCGCAUUGUUUGGUGGAGUAUUUGGUGGUCCACUGAUCGAAUACAUCGGUAGAAGAAACACCAUUUUAGCAACAUCGAUUCCAUUUAUGGCAGCCUGGAUAUUCAUAGCAACAGCAUCAAAUGUCUGGUUAGUGCUAGUGGGUCGUGCACUGAGUGGUUUCAGCGUAGGUGUAAUAUCUCUCGUAUUGCCAGUUUACCUUGGCGAGACCCUACAGCCAGAAGUUCGUGGUGUCUUGGGCUUAUUACCAACAGCAUGCGGUAAUAUUGGAAUCCUUAUAUGUUUCGUUUCUGGAAUGUACUUGAACUGGUCAAUGCUGGCGUACAUGGGAGCUUGUAUACCAGUAAUAUACUUCCUAUUAGGAUUAUUGAUACCCGAAACACCAAGAUGGUAUGUGUCGAAAGGUAAAACAAAGCGUGCACGUAAAUCACUUGAAUGGCUGCGUGGAAAAUCUGUUGAUGUCAGUGAAGAGUUAGCCGCUGUUGAAAAAACUCAUCUUGAUAGUGAAAAAAAUUCAUCAUCAAGUUCUAUUGGUGAACUAUUUAAACCGAAUCACAUUAAACCACUUAUGAUAUCCGUUGGGUUGAUGUUUUUCCAACAGUUUUCUGGUAUUAAUACUGUUAUAUUUUACAGUAAUAAAAUAUUUAGCGAGUCUGGUAGCUCAAUUGAUACAAACAUAAGUUCAAUUAUCAUUGGUAUUGUAAACUUUAGUGCAACAUUUAUGGCAACUUCUGUUAUUGAUCGUUUAGGACGUAAAAUUCUUCUUUACAUUAGUAGUGUUGUUAUGAUUAUAACAUUAAUGACACUUGGUACAUUUUUAUACAUGAAAGAUAACAACUAUGAUGUUGCUAAUUUCGGUUGGUUGCCGUUGGCAUGUAUUGUAAUUUAUGUUGUUGCAUUUUCGUUAGGAUUUGGACCGAUACCCUGGUUAAUGAUGGGUGAAAUAUUACCAGCUAAAAUACGUGGUGGUGCUGCAAGUGUUGCCACGAGUUUUAAUUGGUUUUGUGCAUUUCUUGUAACGAAAACCUUCCAAAAUAUAAUAUCAUUGAUGAAAAUAACCGGUGCAUUUUGGAUGUACGGUACUAUUUGUAUAGUUGGUUUACUAUUUGUUAUCUUAUUUGUACCGGAAACUCGCGGACGUUCGUUGGAAGACAUUGAGAAAAAAUUAACGGGACCAGUUAGAAGAAUGAGUGCUGUUGCAAAUUUGAGGCCUAUGCCAACAGCAUGUUAGAACUUUUUUUUAAUUAUUUUAUAUCUCCAUCAAUGCAUUUAUUUGAAUUUUUUUUUUUAAUAUUAAAAAAAAAUAUAAAUAAUGAGAUUCAGAGUUAUAGUGAUCAGAUUUUCUCUUGUUUAAAUUUAAUUUGGAAAAUUAUUGCCGAUGAUAACUUAUCAAUGAUAAUAGCAAUACGUGUCAUUUAUAUAUAUGAAUAAUUAUUAAUUAAAAUAAUGUUAGUAGAGAAAAAUGAAUGGCAGUAUUGGAACAAUGUUCCUUGUAAAUUUAUUAAAUCAGUGAGUUAAAUAGCUUGCUCAAAUAGCAGUUAUAAAUAUUGUUAAGCGAGAUAAGACGAUAAAAGUAAAAACUCACUUUAAAUUGUGAGAUAUAUUUUUUAAUACGGAUUAUAGUUAUAUAAAACUAUAAACAUAGUUUUUUUAAAUAUUAAAAUAUAUGAUAAAAUAAUUAUAUGUAAUAUUUUAUAAGUAUAAAUUUAUAUUAUUUAUAAUUAUUAUUUUAAAUCUCGUUAUUCGAGAGUCCUAAAGAGUCUACCUCAUGGAAAAUAGGUGACGUAAUUAUUUAAAUAUUAAAACAAAAAAUAAUUUUAAAAACAGGGUAUACUAAUUAUAUACGUAUAAUUACUUAAAAAUAAUAAUCAUUUAUAAAUUUCAAUCAACUAUUUAGAUAAUUCAUGCAAAUGCAUGUAGAUGAGUAGCGUUUAAAAUAAUUAGUCAAUAGUACGCAUAAAAAAACAUAUUUGUAAAUAUAAAUAGAGGCUUUAAAUGUUAAUAAUAAUUUUUUAAAAAUGUAAAUAUGUGUAGAAAGACGGGUAGUAAGUGUUAUUGUUAAUAUUAUGUCAAUAUUAAAUUUUUAUUCUUAUUAAAUUUAGUGACUGUUGAAAUAUUUAAAAGUCAAUGCGAUCGAAUCAAAAUCCUUUAUAAUUGUCUAUUUUUAUUUUUUUUGAAUUCAUCACAGGUUGAAAUUUUAUAAGUGUACUUAAUUUAUGCCUUAGCAGCAAUCUCAUAAAAAUUUUCAGAAUCAUAUAUUUGUUAGAAUCUCUACUUUAUUCCUUCAAUUAUAACUUUUGUUUUUAAUUAAAAUUAAUUAACGAUACUUAUUCUAUUAAUUGUAUUGAUUGUGACAGAGGCUGCAAGUUUAAUUAUUUUUUUAUAGAAAAUAUGAUGAAUAAAUAUAUGAAAUUAUUAAAAUAUUUUCAGAUGAUCUUGAUGUACAAAAAAAAAAUAUUUUUAGAUAAAUUAUAAUCAUUAUUGUAAAUUAUUUUAAUAAAACUUCAUUGACGUUAUAA